GCACUGUGAUGUGGCUCCGACAAAUCUAUCCACUAUCUAGAACUGAGGACGACGACAACAACUCCAUCCCUGGAAAAGCUUAUCAUUUUUCCGUGAGUGAAUCUACCCGACAUGCCUACUACGUUGGACUGGAGAAGUUUCUAGACGGCAGACAGCUGAAUUCGUUACAAGUAAUAGAUACUUGGAAAGGUACUAUCACAACAUACACGCUUCCGCCAGAAUUAUCUUCUAUUUGUAUGCUUUAUGAGGCUGGAAAUGGUUUAGCACUAAUCGGUGUUGGAGAUGAUAACAGUAUAGCGAUAUUCCAAGCAAUUAUAGACCAUAGCUCAAAACGAUUAGUCUCGGCAAGAGAACUUCUGGCACUGCAGUGUAGUUCGAAUGAGGAAAGAAUUUGGUCAUGGAAUAGUGCGAGAAACGAAAAUGGUAUGGUACUUAUGGAAUUGGACCAGGCGAUUAGAAAGUUGCGAAUAUUUACAAUUAGACUGAAUGGAGAAAUUACAUCAUCAGAGAUCGACGACUUUCAAACGCUUGGCAUUGCACCAUACACUCAACCUUGGCAGGAGGGAAGCAUCCUUUCCUCAUUUGAGCGAAUACCAAAUGUAUUUGGUAGACUAGCCUACACAGGAAGAAUAUUGAAUAUCGAUAUGGAUACGCGAAAGAUAGUGUACACACAACCACACAAUUGCCCAUUCCAAGCACGAAAUGGACGAGAAAUCUAUGCAGCACUCAAGGCUCCAAGAUUGAUGAAACAGAUAUAUCGUAAUGGUCGUUUAUGGAUUGUUGCCGAGUCUAUGGCUCAUAUGGGCGUAGCUGUCAGUAUCUGGACUGUUUUCAAUCAAACGUGGCAGUACGUCAUGGAGAUAAAGGCUAAUUAUCGCGACAUCACUAUGGAUGUAACCGGAAGUGACACAGCAAUUAUUCUCAUAAAAGAACCUCUGAUGGAUGAUGCAUAUACUCAAGUAAAAGUGAAAAGUUUGUUGAUGGUGCGACUUGGGAGCGUUCCUCGAUUGACCACGGUUGCUCUGUUCAAUGUGCUUGACGGACCGUACUCUCAUAAAUUCGAUGAGCAUAUGCGAUUGAUGUUAGAAAAACGUUAUAAUUGAUGGAUGUAAAUAAAUCUAGAAAUCAAUAAAGGUUGUAAACUAAAAA